AAGACCCAUGAAUAAAUGAUACAUUUGAGUUUUACAUUAAUCUCUUUGGUCCUUCAUGUUAUUGGAUUUUGAAUCACAUACUACAUUAAUCUCUUGGUCUCCUUAUUAUUACCGUCUCCAAAACCUUAUCCCUCCCACACACAAAAAAAAAUCCCAUCUUCCUCACACCCCAAUCAAAUAAACUAGAAGCUUAAAUCCCAAAUCCUUCAUCAUCAGCAAACAUGUUUACAUCAUCUUCUAUCCAAUUCCACGCUCCAAUCAUUCAUCAUCGUCUAUCCUUCACCACAGCCCACUCCUUAUCCUUUCACUCCCACAACCAUAACCACACAUUCCACACUCCAUCAUUCCUACGCCCUCCUCCGCUGCUAAACCCCUCCCCUCUUCCCUCCAUUUUCACUGUUGCCGCCAAGUCUCCAACACCCGACAAAGCCAGCGAGCAGAAAUGGGUCCACGAAGGUCUCAUCGCUGAAUCCCUCCCCAACGGCAUGUUCCGCGUUCUCCUCGACAACGAAGACCUUAUCCUCGGCUACAUCUCCGGAAAGAUUCGAAAGAAUUAUGUUCGGAUCCUUCCCGGAGAUAGAGUUAGAGUUGAAGUCAGUCGUUAUGACUCCUCCAAAGGACGCAUAAUUUACCGGAUUCGAAAUACCACUGGUGGUGGCAGCUCUUAGUUUUUAGAUUCAAUAUUUGUCAGAGUUUAUGAAUCAAGAAUAGAUCUGUUGAGGGCUGUAAUUAUUGGAGCAGAGGGAACUCCUUAUCAUGAUGGCAUUUUCUUUUUUGAUGUUUCCUUUCCAAGUGGCUUUCCCAAUGUACCCCCGUAGGAGUGUGUAUUCUGGUAGCAGUUCUCAUAGCUUCAUGGACCCUGAUGUGAUCGAGAUUCCACCACCACAGCGAACUAUCAAGCCGCACAAAGAGGUCAUUUUUCGGGAUGUGAUCGACAUCGACAAUGAUGACGACACAACAGAUUUAGUGUUAAUUGGUGAAAACAUUGUUGAAAGUAAUAAGGGGAAGACAACUGAAUCUGUUCGCAACGGUUCUGGUGAUCAUCAAACUAUGGAAGACUUUGAUAAUAUAUAUUAUCCGCCUGUGAUUGACAAAUCUGGACCAAGUAGCAGGGUAGAGUCUUCCAAUGGUUAUACUUCUGUAUCAAAUAACUUAAUCAACAUUGAUGAGGAUGAGUCUGACCACUUGUAUGACGAUGAUGAUGAUGGCUUCUGUGAUAUUAUUCCGGAUGAUUAUAUGGAUGUAGAUAAUUAUACUUUACUGCAGGAGCAUUUUGACAAUGCAAACAUACCUCCUGGUAUUGAGGCACCUGUUCCUUGGUUGAAGGAAUACAAUCUAAGUUCUAAGAAUGCUGAAAGUAGUUUAUUCUAUCCUAGCUUUCAUAUUCCGCAAUCUGAUUCUAAACAUUCUCAAGUUAAUGGCUUAUUUCAGCCUUCAUGGUCAUUUGAGCCUAUUAAGCCUGAAACCCAAGGACCUGUAGUAGGUAGUUCUAGUGUGCAAAAUCACGUAUCUUCUCAAUUAUUUUCUCAAGUUGACCCUAGUAAGAAAAUAAUUGACGCCACACAGAGCAGGAGACGCAAGUUAAAGUUGGCAUUAGGAGUGGAGUCAUCUACAUCUAGUUUGUCUUUGGGACCUUCUGGUAAAAAGAAGCCUUAUUUUUUUGGUUCUUCAACUAACCAUGGCUCUGUAGACAACUCAGGGGUCAUGAAGCUGCCACAUGGAGGUGGUUCACCUCAUUGGAAACUACUUGAAAGUGCAAAGAAAGCAGCUGGAACUGGAAGUAUCAGUUCACAUUAUUCAAAUUUCUAUGGACAUGUAGAUGGAUCAAUUCAUUUUCCAGGAACUGAAUUUGCAAAUCCUUGGUUGAAUUCUUCUCAUUUUAAUCCAUUUCCAAAUUAUACAGCUUAUCCAGGUUUUUCCAAUCCAUUUGUUCCUCUUCAUACCACACCUGCGCAAAUGUUCAAUAACCCUUGGGUUCACAAUACUGCAAGAGAUGGAAAUAAUGGCACAACUGCUGAUAGUGUACUGUUGUGACCAUCUCUGAUGAAGCCAGAGAAGAAAUUCUUGAGAAAUUUCAAAACUUUAAGCAAUUUGACACUGUUGACGACACUUCAGACCAUUACUUUGUUCGCACCAAUUCUUCCACGACA